AACUAAACUUUCUCGGAAUGCCGAAAAAAAAAAAAAAAGACUAAACUUUCUCGGCCCCUAUAAGAAAAUUUUCUCGGGAAAAUUCCGAGUUUUCCAAGUUCGCAUGACAGCAAAAGAUUAGCAGAAGCAGAUCCAAAAGAAUACGUAGUUUAUAUUCGCGUUCAUGAUAUCUCCACACGCUCUGCACGCAUCCCGGGUGUCAAUGCCAUUAUGUUUUUCUCUCUCCGACCAAAAAACAAGAAAAACAUAAAAUCUCUCUCUCUCUCUCUCUCGAUCUCGACCUUUCAUCCUUCACUUUCCCAGAUUUUCUCUCUCUUCAGGGUCGCCCCUCACCCUCACCCUCUCUCUCUCUCUCUCUCUCUCUCUCUCUCUCUCUCACCUUUCCUUUCGUUCGAAAUUUCUGCACUUUCCCACAUUUUCUCUCUCUUGUGCUUCUCAGUGUAAAUCUCUCCCCGUCUCUCUAUGAACUCUUUGAUGGCGAACCAAGAUCUCGCCUCCCCUCUCCUCUCUCCUCGGCGACGGCCGUCCGAUCCUCCACACUCCAUCCUCACCAUCCGUGAGGACCACGACAACGGCCUGCCAACGCACGACCGGAAUGGUCGCUCCUCUCCCAAGAAAGACCCUCGGACACACAAACCCAGGACCCAGAACCACCACCACCACCACCACAGCAACAACAACGGUGAUAAUCACUCCCACAGCAACAACAACACCCACUUGGAGAGGCCCAACCCGUUCGAGUUCUUGGGCUCCAGGAGCUUCUCCGUGCCCCGGGCGAGCACGGUUGACCCGUUCCUGAACCGCACCGAGAAGGUCGAUGGGGUCUACGAGGUGGUGAAGAUUGUGCUGUGCUUGCCGAUCGCUUUGGUGAGGCUUGUGAUUUUCGGGGCUUGCUUGUCGGUGGGGUUCGUUGGGACCAAACUGGCUCUUCUGGGUUGGCAGGAUAAGGAGAAUCCGAUGCCCAGAUGGAGGUGUCGGCUCAUGUGGGUGACCCGGAUUUGUGCCCGUUGUAUUUUGUUCUCAUUUGGCUACCAGUGGAUAAGAAGAAAAGGAAAACCUGCUCCAAGGGAGACUGCUCCUAUAGUCGUGUCAAACCAUGUGUCAUAUAUCGAACCCAUCUUUUAUUUUUAUGAGUUGUUCCCUACCAUGGUUGCUGCCGAGUCCCAUGAUUCUAUACCCUUUGUCGGAACUAUUAUCAGAGCUAUGCAGGUAAUAUAUGUUAAUAGGUUCAUUCCUUCAUCGAGGAAGAAUGCGGUUAAUGAAAUAAAGAGAAAGGCUUCCUGCGAUAGAUUUCCUCGGCUGAUGCUCUUUCCUGAGGGAACAACUACUAAUGGAAGGGUCAUUAUUUCAUUUCAACUCGGUGCAUUCAUCCCUUCUUACCCGAUUCAACCAGUAAUUGUCCGAUAUCCUCAUGUACACUUUGAUCAAUCUUGGGGAAAUGUCUCCUUGGCAAAGCUCAUGUUCAGGAUGUUCACUCAGUUUCACAAUUUCAUGGAGGUGGAAUACCUUCCUGUCAUUUAUCCGCUUGAGGAUCGGAAAGAAACUGCUGCCUGUUUUGCAAAGAGAGCUAGUGAUGCUAUUGCGACGGCAUUAAACGUCACCCAAACAUCCCAUUCUUAUGGGGAUGUGAUGCUUCUUAUGAAAGCUUCUGAGACAAAGCAGGUGAAGCCUUCGAGUUAUCUGGUUGAAAUGGCGCAGAUGGAAUCUUUCUUCCAUUUGAGCAGCGGGGAAGCCGUUGACUUUCUGGAUAAGUUUCUGUCUAUGAAUCCAGACUCAAGUGGGCGUGUGUCAAUGGAUGGCUUUUUGAGGGGUCUGAGACUGAGAGCUUCUACUCUUUCUGAAGAGAUAUUUAGGUUCCUUGAAGUGGAUAACUACGGAACAAUCACAUUCAAGCAGUUUUUAUUCGGGUCGGCUCACGUAAUGAAGCAACCGUUAUUUAGAGAAGCCUGCCAACUGGCACUUAGGGAAUGUGAUGUAGGAGGCAGAGGUUACAUCUCAGAGGAACAAUUGGGAGAUAGCCUUAGAGCAACCAUGAUGGAUAUGAGCAAGGAAGAGAUUCACGAAUUGUUCGAAUUGUUUGACGGGGAUGGUGAUGGAAGGGUGAGCAAAGACGACUUCAUGUCCUGCUUAAGAAGAAACCCACUCCUAAUAGCGCUCUUCUCUCAUUGUUUACGGCAUGAUGAUUCGUUAGAAGACAGCGACCGGACACCGGAUGAGAUUGUUUGAUUAUUGGUUUUCUUGCUUCAUGUUAGGUAAAGUGCGUAUUGUUUGCUGCUCCAGUGGGUUUUGAUCUGAGAGAGAGGGAGAGAGAAUUGGGGUGCUUUCAUUUUUUUUCACAGUGCCCCCUUAGUAGGGAAGGGAUUUCAUGAAUAGACUCUGUAUCGAAUCAACAUACAAAUGUUUAUCUCGAGAUUACCUUAA